AUGGAGAAGGUGAACAUCGAGCCAUGUGUGAAGAUGGACACCCAAACCCUUGAUCUUCUCAAGAUAAGAGAUGAUGUCACAUGGAGUUCCUCUACAGUAGCUCUUGCCUUUCCCAACCACAAUGGAGACCAACCAGCUGGUGAAGGACUCCUACUCUUCAAGAUAGGCGAUGCCAAUGGGCGCAUAUCUAUCUCAGCUCUAUGCCAACUCUUUGGACUUCCCAAUGAGACAGCACAUGACUUCAAGGAGAACUCAAAGAGGAAACAAGCUGCCUUUGCUGAUUGGACACACUUUGCCAAUGAACCAUUCUUGCCUUCAAGGUCAAAGGUGUCUAGAAUCACUCAUCCAGCCAUUCGCUAUGUGCACCGCCUCAUCUCCACCACUUUCCAAUGCAAACAAGAAGCCAACAAGGUCACAACUGAUGAGUUCUACAUCCUCACCACACCAUUCAUCAAGCAUGAGUACAAGGCCAACCUUGGACUUUUACUUGCCAAGACAUUCAUCAAUGUGAGGAAGCUAGCUAAAGACUUGGAAGGCAACAAGAAGCUUUGUGUUCGUUUUGGGAGGCUUAUCACGGCCAUAGUACUGCAUGUGGGGAUUGACAUUCCCAACUAUGAGCCACUACCCAAGCCAACCCCUUUGGAUCUCCAUGCUCUUCAGCACAUCCACUUCCUAAACCGUUGGACUAAAGACCCAACUCGGUUUUGCUAUGAGUUUCCAAUUGGUCCAGCCAACACUUCCCUUGUCUUGCUGCCACAUGAAGACAUCCCAAGCCUACGCUCAGGUGUUGUCACUUUCCAGCCCAAUGAGGAAGACUUCUAUGUUCCAUCAAGUGAGAAACCAUCAUUCCCCAUGCUCACCUAUCGCACACUUCAGCAUGCAGUCAAGACUCAACGCCGCCACCAAGAACGCCAUGUUCUCACUACUGGCAUGGCCGCACAAGCUCUAGACCGUGUUAACAAGCUGGAGAAGAUCGUGGAAUGCCAAUCUCGCUUCAUCUCACGCCUAGUUCGUGUAGUUCGCCACAUUGCACCGGAGAGACUCUUUCGCCCUUCUUCCACCGCUAGAGAGCCAUAUGAGCCUGACCUUGGUGAGUUCUCACUAGACUCAGAGCUUGGUUCAGAAGGCGAUGACCCCAUAGAUGAGGAAGAGAGUUCUUCUCACUGCCACACAUAG